UGGUGGCGGCGCCGCCAAGAAGAUGAUGCUCUCGCCAGCGCCGCAGAUUGCGGCCCUCGGCGACGACCUCCUCGGUGAGAUCCUCCUCCGCCUACCCGACAUGGCGUCGCUUGCCAGCGCCGCCCUUGCCUGCAAGCGAUGGCACCGCGUGGCCUCCGACCCCGCCGUCUUCCGCCGAUUCGACGCCCUCCGCCGGCCCCCGCUUGUCGGGUUCCUCCUCACUGACCGCGGUGAUAUGCCCCCCACCUACCGCUCCCCCAACCUCUUCUUCGUCCACGCCACCCGCAACCCCAAUCUGGCCGCGGCCGCCGCGGACGGCGAUUUCUUCUUCGAGGAUCUCCCAGCCGUCGAUUCGGACGACGAGGAGGAGGGAUACGACUGGGACGAGUGGCGCCUCCGCGGCUGCGACGGCGGCCGCCGCCUCCUCUCCCGCCGCCACGACGGCCUCGACCUCGCCGUCUACGACCCCAUCUCGCGGACCGCUGUCUUCCUUCGUCCAGACGGCGUCUUCCGCAAGUGCACCCACGUGGUCCGCUACGCCAUUGUCGUCGACGAGGCCGAUGGGUCCUUCCUGGUCAUCGGCUUCGGCUUCAGCUACAUGACCGCCGUAUUCUCCUCCCGCACCGGCAAAUGGGUCAGUAUCAACAUGGAAAGGGUAAAGAUGGGAAAGAGCGAUGUCGAACAAGAACAAGAUGAAGAGGACGAGUACGUCUACCUCUCGUUCGGCAGCGACGGAAUUGCAGCAGGCCGGUUUGCUUACUGGAGGUCGGACACCAAGAAGCGCAGACACUUCAAUCCUGUUGAGAGUAUCUUGGUGCUUGACACGGCGACCAUGGAAUGGUCAGUCAUCACUGCUCCAUUCCCCGCAGGGGAAUCCUACUGUGUGGCCGACAUGCCAGAGCAUGGUGGGCUGUGUCUCUUCUCCAGCAAAGAGCAAUGCCUUCAGCUCUGGGUCCGCAACAGCAUUGGUGGAUGGGUGCUCAAGAAGGAUUUUUCCUUGCUGAAUGACUGGAUGAAGAAGAUUCGCCGUGCUGAGUGGAUGAAGAGGGUGCGCGUCUUGGCGGCAAGGGCUGGUUAUGUCUACAUGGAGUUCUGGUCAAUCAGGAAGGCUAAUUCCUACUUUCUUGUGUUGAAUAUGAGAACCAUGAAGAUGUCAGUGUUCCCCAACAACCCAGAAGACCCUCAUAGAGGUCGUGCAUUUCCAUUCUUCAUGCGCUUGGAGCCUCUGCUUGGACCAGAUGAGGAUCAGAAUGUUCAUCUUGAUGUUUAACGCACUAGAGAGGGUAGUCAUUGAUUUGUUAUUUUGUGGUGGCAUAGAUUUCAUCAGGUCAAAUUAUCACUUCUUGGUUUUGCUAAGUCAUUCACAAAUCCUUUGGACAUGGAACUGCUGCAGCUGGUUUAAUACCAUCCAUUUCUUUUAGCAUGUAUGAAUUAUUUGAAAUGAAGUUUAGUUAUAUCUGCAUGUACGAAUUAUCUUUGUGGCAAUAGCUUCCAUGUGA